UGGAUAAUACUCUGCAGUUUCUUUCCUUGUUUAAUUCUCCUUAGCAGUUAGCAGAGAAGUGAAAAUGGCGCUAAUUCUCCACCCUUCAUCUUCCUCUUGUAUCACCAAGAAGAACAAAUAUCAUCCUCAACAUCUUCAUCUUCUUCACAGAGCUAGACCCACACAUUUCUCUAUCAAAUCUCAAGAAUCUUCUUCCACAGAUGGGGUCUCCUCUUCCACAGCGGGUCCGCAGCCCAAGAACCCUGACUCCGCAGGCAUGGGAUUCGGGUCCUCAACCUCCACGCAACCCAGUUCUGCCCCAGUGACCUCCAAAAAGAAGAAGCAGAAGGGGAAGGGAGAGAGGGCGUCUGUUAUUCGCCGAGCCCCAAUUCAGAAACCCGAUUUCGCUUCCCAGCAGGACGCUGUUAAGGCCGAGGAGGUCAUGAGAAAUGAGAGUGCUUUUCUUCUUGCUUGGUUGGGUCUCGGCGGAAUAAUUCUUGUAGAGGGCAUUGUUCUUGCAUCCUCAGGGUUUCUACCAGAACAAUGGGAUAACUUCUUCGUGAAGUAUCUUUACCCGUCUUUCACUCCUACUGUGGGUUUGUUUGUAGCCGGAACAGUUGCAUAUGGUGUGUUGAAGUACCUGGAGAACGAGAAAUUCAGGAAUGAAAAGUGAUCCUUCUCUAAUUUUAGCUGCGAUUCCAUGUAGUUUGAUCUGGCUCGACUCGAAGUGCAAUUACAAGAUGGGAAGAUAAUCGUUUGUUUUUUUUAUCCACAAUGUCGAAGAGCCUGAAGCUAAGGUUAAUGGAGGUAAAACUUUUUGUACAUUUGUAUUUAAGUGGCUCGAUGUUUAGUUCUUGGUAUACUUGAGGAAUCCCAACUUGAAUGCAUUUGAGGGAAAAUAUGGCAUAUUGAAUGGUUUGCUAUCAACUUUUCCUGCAA